UAAAUAACUACCAAAAGACCAAUACAAAGACCGAAAAUGUUUGAAUGGAAUGCCUGCGUCAACACUAUUUACGAUAAACCGUUAGGUUUAUACUACCAUUACCUAGCCGAGAACGUCUAAGAAGAAAAAAUAACAUUAACUAUCGUGUGGUACAUUUCCAUUGGUAGACAUUAUAGGCGUUCUAGAUUUGAUUUCUAACAUUAUAUUCGUCAUUCCUUGUCAAUGUGUUAAGGAUUUAAAAUGCGAAGGCCGAAAAUAACAGUUGCAAGGUUCCUUUGGCAGUAUGUCUUUAAAUUCCGUUUCCUAUUUCCUGUGGUAGGGAUUUUUAUCUUGUAUUCCUUAUACAAUGGUGAAACAAACAACAAGAGAAUCCUACAUGUGGAGAAGCGUCCCGUACAACAGUAUGGCAUUACAGAAGAAACACGAUAUCGCUUUGAAAUGGAACAAGAAGAUAGUGUUUUUUCCGAGGAAAAGGAUGGUCCAAAGCAACAUGCUAACCGGAAGGAGUCUGGAAACAUUUCUCAAAGGGAAUUGAAACUGAUAGCCGAUGUGAAAAAAUUCGCUGCACUGGAAAACAGUGUAGAUGUACAAGUUGAAAAGGGGACGUUUUCGCCUAAUACAUAUCCAUGUAGUGUGAAUCUAUCUAGGAUUUUACGUCAAUAUGACACAGAAGGUUUUGCGGAAGAGCAGCCAAUUAACAACAUCAAUUAUAGCUACACUGUCAAUCCCUACAACACGUGUAAAGUAUCUGAUAACAUAAAGGUUCUCUUUAUAGUGAAAAGUCGACCAGACCAUACGCUACCUCGAACAGUCAUUCGGGAGACUUGGGCUAACACUAAAAGAUUUCCAUCAAUUCGUGUCAUUUUCUCUUUCGGGAUGCCAAAAUACUCCUCACGACUGCAAGCCUUACUGGGCGAAUCGUCUACACACGGCGAUAUUCUCAUCGUUAAAGAUUACAUAGAUGACUAUUACAACCUAACCCAGAAGACCAUUGGUGGUUUUAAGUGGGCGGUAACACACUGCAAACAUGCGGCAUAUGUAGUGUCUGUCGACGACGACGUGUACGUCGCACCUGAUUUGCUCCUCAGAAUUCUGGACAGACCCCAUAUUCGGAAAGUAGAGAGACUUUUCUCAGGCCAUUUGAUGAUCGAUACAAAACCAAUCAGGAAUCCUAAAGAUAAAUGGCUCGUUUCUAUGUCCGAAUACCCUUUUACGAACUAUCCUAACUACAUUUUCGGAGGAUUUGUUAUAAUGUCUAUGUCAACAGUGAGGGACUUCACAAUAGCAGCUAUGUAUACCAAACUAUUUAAAUUUGAGGAUGUGUAUUUGGGAAUAUUAGCUGCUAAAAUCGGAAUAGAGGCGACUAAUAAUGGGUAUGUUAAUUCUAAGAAAACAUUCACUGUUUCAGAGUCAUUUAAAACACUCAUCGCCUCCCAUUUUUAUGACAAUCCAAAAGAUUUACAAAGAGCAUGGGAUUGUCAUUUAAGUAUACUUGACCAAAAUAAUGACAAAUCUAUUUUUUGUGACUAUAUAGGUAAGCGUCUUCAAAAACUUAAAUCUGAAAUAGACAGUAUUAUAAGCUGGAUGGAGAUCGUAAAAUUCAACUCUUAAAUACUUAUUUCAAUAUACAUUUAACUACAAUUUUUUUUUUUUUUUAUGUAUAGGCAGAAAUUGCACACUGGUGCUAUAUAUUCCAGUCAAUCGGAUCACCUAUUCUAACAUACUUCACAGGGUAUUCCUGCGGUUGCUAUAGUGAGAUAAAUAGAGGUGACCCAACGAGUGGUUGUUGUUUAUGGUAUUGCUUUCACCCGAGCUAGUUAUUUAAUUAUUUACGAAAGUGAAAAAAAAAUUACCAAACACAACACCCAAGGGUUUGUGUGACUUGUUUCUAACACAGUAGAAAAUGUUUGUUUUUUUUUUUGUUUUUUUUUUGUUUUUUUGUGUGUGUCAAAAACAACUGCGAACUACUAAUCAAAACAGUUGAUUAUGUCAUGCUUUGGGAGUAGCAAAAUUCACCAGGAGUAAGGAAAGGCAACUGGCGCGCGUUAUAAGGUAACACACAAUAGCGAUACAUUAUAAUUUUAUGUUGUCUAACCACGUUUCAAAUUGAUUACAUCACCUAUUUCGUCACGUAUUUUAUUGGACAUUGAUGAUGGCGUGAUAAAAGUUUUCACAUCACAUUAUAAUUUGUCACUUGUGUCAAUUUUGCUAGAAAAAUUAUCAAAUAUGAGCGUGUACUGUGAACAAAGAUAUUUCAACCCUCGUAUAAGAGUUUGGCUGGCCCUACAACGAGGGUUGAAAUAUCCCUGUCCACAACUCAGCUCCAUUACUGACCAGCCAAA